AUGCCGAAGGUGAAGGCGCUGCAAUGCGCCCUGGCGCUGGAGAUCCGCUCAGUGUUCCCUGAAGCAGUGGACCCUGGAGAUGUGGUUGCACAGCUUGAAUAUGAUACAGCAGUGUUUGAGUUGAUACAGCUUGUUCCACCAGUUGGUGAAACACUGUCUACAUAUGAUGAAAAUACAAGAGAUUUCAUGUUCCCGGGUCCAAACCAAAUUUCUGGACACCAUGAUUCAAACCGUCAGGUUACCAUGAGGAGGAUUUCUGGCCUUAGAGAUAAAUUUUUUUACCACACGGCCCCAGUUGAAAAACCACACGGCAGAUUGCAAAGCAGAACAUCAAGAUCACAAAAGAAAAAAUCCAAGUCACCUGAGAGAAGCAAGUACUGUAUCAAUGCCAAAAACUACGAGCAGCCUACAAUUUCAUCAAAAUCACAUUCGCCAUCUCCCUACACAAAAAGACGCAUGUGUGAGCUCUCUGAAGACACCAGGCGGCGGCUGGCCCAUUUAAACCUGGGACCGUAUGAAUUCAAAAAGGAAACAGAUAAGCCUCCAUUUGUGAUCAGACAUGUUGAUCCGCCAAGUCCCAGAGCUGAUGCUUUCUUUGGAUCUUCUGGCAGAGAUUGUGAAAGAGAUGGGUGGUCCAGGAUGCACAAUGUCUUUUCUUUCACGCUGCUGCUCUUCACCUUGGCAUACUUACCUGAAACAGAUGGUAAGCACUUUGUGACCUUGGGCUAUGGCUUUGUUAUCCCCUACACUUUGAAGCGAGCUCUAACAGUUGUUAUGAGAACACCCCAUGGGAGAGACUUCGAUGACUCUUUGGAAAGGUGUGAUGAGUAUUUGGGCUCCAGGUCAUGUAGCAAGCCCCAGCAUUCAGCCAGGACACUGCUGGUCCACUCAGCACCCUCAACAACACCCAAGCAUUCUCCAAGCCCUGUGUUAAAUCGAACUUCUCUCAGGGAAAGAUUCCAUUCUGAUUGGUGUUCACCUUCAAACUCUGAUGAGAUCCAUGACCGGGAUGAGCGAGACCCAGAGAAAGAAGAGGAACUGGAACUGAAAAGAGGCCUUUUGUACAGGGACUCUGCCUAUGACAGUGACCCCGAGUACAGCUCCUUCCCGCGGCCACAUGGUACUGUCCACUUGGAUGAUGGUGAAUACUGGUCCAACAGAACAGCCUCUUACAAAGGAAAACCCCACCGACCCAUCUUUGAGAACAGUAUGGACAAGAUAUACAGGAAUUUAUACAAAAAGGCCUGUAGUUCUGUUUCUCAUACUCCCGAAAACUUCUGAGGCCACCCACGAUAAACUCUGAAUGUCGUGUCAACUCCUCAAUGAAAACAUUUGAUGUGACCGUUAUCUGUUUUCCUUUUUCAUUAACAGGUGGUCUUAAUUGAGUAAUUAUGGUAAAUGGUAAAUUGUCAUAGGCUGUGUCUUUUAUUACGAAAAGGUCCGCCUUCCAAAAGUCAAAACUCCAGAGCGCAACGAGAACUUCAGCUGGGAUUUUGACAAGGUUUGCCUGUCACGCUUAUCUAUCUAGCUCUUGUUGCACUUCUUAUACAAAUCUAGUCAUUGGCUUCUCUAAAAACCUUCUUCUGCCUUAACCACUGUGUAAUUGUCUUUUCUUGUGUUUGGCUGAUUACUUUGUCCAGGUAAAAUUUAAUACCUAUUCAUUCACUACCUCUUCUUAAUGAGUGAAAAUAUGUGUGCUAUAUGGAAAUGAACUUCCGAAGAGUUUAAACUGGUAUUUUCUACUUUUCUCCUUCUGAAAAGUCUGUUUAUAUUUCUUAACUGGUAAAAAAAGCUUUUUAAAAAACAAUUUUAACUUUCUAUAAUCCUUCGGUCCCUUUUUCCUGGACGAACUACCUAGAAAUGUCUGCCCGUUUACAAUCCCACACCUGAAUAGCUCAUUGCUAAAGAGAAAUUUGUACAUGGUUUUGUUCUUGAGCUUUAUGUUCUGGCAAAACCCAAAUCUGAAAACAGUCUCACUUAAAAAUAUAGUUAACUAAAUGAAUGAAUCACCUUAGCUCUUUCGAGGUUUUAUUAGGCACUAGAGGCCCAAGACAGUAAGAGCCUUGUUUGAGGCAAAAGCAGAACUCUUUGUAAGAGGCACGCAAUUGAAAUCUAUUGAUUAAUUGGCUUUCUUCAGCCAUACAUGUUAUGAAAUCUUUGAGAUAUGACGAAAUCAAUUUCUUCCUAUUUACCAAGGAGUUAGAGGGACCUGGAGGUAGAAAAGAGUGGAUUAUAGUCAAAGUAUGCAUUAGCAUGCUCUAGAAAAUCAGUUAUAGAGUUUGGAAUCUCAUAGGUAUUCACUAAAUAUAUGUUUAACCAGAGUUAACACUCACUUAAUCAGAAUUAACCCACACUUGGACCAUUUGCGAAAUGCCAGGCCACAUGAGUGCUCUAAUGUCCUCCAGUUCUAGGUUCUAUGACAGUGUUUUGCACAAAAAAAAGUAACGGUUAAGGGGAAGGGGGAAAAAACUUCAAACAAAAUGCUUUACUAUUACAGAAAACCUCCCGAAGAGUAAGUACCACAAGAAUUGCUCCAAUAUUGCUAUUGGCUAAUGCAAAGACUAUAGAAACUGGGCCUCAGUGGAGAAACUGGUCUUCUGAUAGACAGUUCCUCUGGUUUAAGUGUGAUCUCUUUCUGAAGUACUGAGGGCGCUUAACUACAAAGAUAUGGGGCAUCUCUCUAGUUCGAUUAUGUUUCACUCCGGAAGGGAAGAAAUGGCCCUCAUUGUGCUCCCUCUGAUAUUACAGUAUCUUGGAGUAAAAUUCUUAAGUACUAAUAGUUGUCUGUUCUUAUUGGUGGAAGUAGAAAAGUGCAGUUGUUUAUUCUCUUAGAUUGUCCACUACUCAUCUCUCAAAUCCAGUAAUAAUCAUUGUACCUCCUAUGAAAGAUAGACUUCAUUGCCUUCCUUUUACUGUGUAUGGGGGCUUCAAAGAUGGACGGUAAAUUUAAUGGGAUUUUUCCACGAACUUUUUGAAGCCCUUCAUACGCUUUCCAAUAAAAAAAGAGUUAAAAAAAAAAAAGAUUGGGGGUGAGGAGUUGGAGAUGGAUUUGGAAAGUAAAAUUUUAAAUUCAACGAAGAAACCAGAGACGAAUCUUUAAUCUGAGUUCUCCCUGGUUCCUCUACCAGCUAUGUAAUCUGGAUUGAAGUCAUCUAUCCUUCUUGGACUCCUGUUUCCUCAUCUACAAGAUUGAGAGAUUCGUUUAGAACCAUUUUUUGACAACAGCUUUACUGAAAUAUAAUUCCUAUACUAUAAAAUUCACUAUUAAAGGUAUACAAAUGAAUAGUUUUUAAUACAUUGAUGAAGAUGUGCAGCUUAAAUACUGUCUUACUUCUACAACACUUUUGUCACUACUAGAAAGAAACCUUUCCUGUGCCAUUAGUAGUUAGUGCCACUCCUUCCUGGCUUCUGAGCUGGCAGCAAUCACUGGCCUACCUUCUGCCAGGGUUUGCGUUUUCUGGACAUUUCAUAUAAAAGAUAAUACAAAAUGUGAUCUUUUGUGUCUCUUUAGCUUAUCAUAAUGUCUUCAGAGUUAAUCCAUGUCAUAGCAAAUAUUCAUUCUUCCGUUUUAUUUCUAAGGAAUGUGAAUUGACCACAUUUGGUUUAUUAGUUCAUCAGCUGAGUGUCAUUUGCGUAUUAUGAAUAAUGCCACAGGAGUUUUUGUGUGGCCCUAUGUUUUGAUUUCUCUCGGGUAUAGCCUUAGGAGGAAGUUGCUGAGUCAUAUGGAGACUGUGUUUAAACUUUGAAAAAAUGCCAAACUGCUGUUUCCAUUUUAAAAACAUUUAUUUUUCACUUACUUUGGUAUCCCAAGCUUUCAUCCAUCCACCUAUCAGCCUUAUUGAGCACUCUGCUACCUGUGGAGGAAGUAUACAUUAUUGUUUAAAGUGUCCCCAACUAUGUACAGUCUAGUCAGAGAGAAAAAGCAAUGGGCUAUUCAAACACAUAAAUUGGUUUGAUAACUUGGCUGAUAAAAGAAUGCAACAGUGGGGAGAAGGCCCUUGUAGCUUGAUGAAAUAUGCAGGGGCAGUGAAUUAUUUAAUACGGCUCUUCUAGCCAGUCUCUAGCUCAUACCCAAUGAUCUUUCCCUACAUGGGUCUGGUGAAAAGGUAGGAAACACACUGAUGAGAUUCUCUGGAGUGAGAAACAGGAGAGCAAUUCUCAUUACCAGCAAAAACCAGGAGUGGAGCCUCGAUCCCUUCACGGAGAACGCCUGGAUCCAGAAGACACAUGUAACAUCAGAGGAGCAGCAGCAGAACCAGGAGCCAGGGGGUGUGGUGGGCUUCCCAAGAGCAAGGAAAGCGAUUGCUUUUGUGCAGGAAACUGGUUUAUGGAACAGGGUGCCUCUGGGCACUGAAUUCAGUGAUCUGGGUUUGCUAACACAUGAACUUGAACUGUGAAUGCCUUCCGCUGGAGACCCUUUAGGGAUUUACUAGCAGACCUGAAAGAACUCUGUGACGUGUCCUGGUAAACAGCUGUGUCCUGAGCAUUUCUCACUGGCAUCACAAUCUGUCGACUUCCUUAAUAAACCUUUUAAUCAUGAA